AUGCUCAAAAACCUUCAUGGGUUCUCUUCUCCUUAAAACCACACUCCUUGGUUCGACUGAGCAUUUUUUUGAUUCGAAGACUCCAGUGAGGGAAAGAAAUCAACACCAGUGAGAGCAUCGAGUAUAUCUCUCCCGACGAUGGGGAAGUGGACAGUCCCUUCCGCCUUGAUUCUCCUCUGCCUCCUCUGCUUGAUCUCAGAUCAAGGACGGAACUUGAGAGCGAAUGCCGAAGGCGAUUCGCAGAGUCCGGCCGAUCCUCCGAAGGUCGAGGAGAAGCUCGGCGCCGUUCCUCAUGGUUCCGCCACGGAUUCCGACGUCGUGAAGAGGGAGUCGGAGUCGAUGAAGAAAACGCUGCGCAGCAGUGCGGAGAAGUUCGAGUUCCAGGCUGAGGUGUCUCGGCUGAUGGAUAUUCUCAUCAAUUCUCUGUAUAGCAACAAGGACAUCUUCCUUAGGGAGUUGAUCUCCAACGCUUCCGAUGCGUUGGACAAGAUCAGAUUCCUUUCUCUUACGGAUAAAGAAGUUCUGGGCGAUGGCGAUACUGCCAAGCUUGAGAUUCAGAUGAAAUUGGACAAAGAUAAGAAGAUUCUUUCUAUUCGUGAUAGAGGUAUUGGUAUGACCAAGGAGGAUUUGAUCAAGAACUUGGGAACCAUAGCCAAGUCUGGAACUUCAGCAUUUGUGGAGAAAAUGCAAACUAGCGGGGACUUGAACCUAAUUGGGCAGUUCGGAGUUGGUUUCUACUCUGUGUAUCUUGUUGCUGACUAUGUCGAAGUCAUUAGCAAACAUAAUGACGACAAACAGUAUGUGUGGGAGUCAAAGGCUGAUGGAGCUUUUGCCAUUUCUGAGGAUACAUGGAAUGAACCACUGGGACGUGGUACUGAGAUUAGACUGCAUCUCAGAGAGGAAGCAGGGGAAUACUUGGAAGAAAGCAAACUGAAAGAUCUUGUGAAGAGAUACUCCGAGUUUAUCAACUUCCCUAUCAAUCUGUGGUCAACUAAGGAGAUUGAUGUGGAGGUCCCUGCUGAUGAGGAUGACUCAACUGAGGAAGAAGACAAACCUGAAGAAGAGGACACCGAGAAGGGAGACGAUGAAGAAUCGGAAGACAAGCCAAAGACAAAGACAGUCAAGGAAACCACUCAAGAGUGGGAGCUCUUGAAUGAUGUUAAAGCCAUAUGGCUGAGGAGUCCAAAAGAUGUCACUGAUGAAGAGUACACCAAGUUCUACCACUCUCUCGCCAAGGAUUUUGGUGAAGAGAAGCCUAUGUCCUGGAGCCAUUUCUCCGCAGAAGGUGAUGUUGAAUUCAAAGCGGUCCUCUUUGUUCCUCCGAAGGCUCCUCAUGAUCUCUACGAAAGCUAUUACAACAACAAUAAGUCCAACCUGAAGUUGUAUGUCAGACGUGUCUUCAUCUCAGAUGAAUUUGACGAACUUCUACCCAAGUACUUGAACUUCCUGAAGGGUCUGGUUGAUUCCGACACUUUGCCCCUCAAUGUUUCACGAGAAAUGCUUCAACAACAUAGCAGCUUGAAAACUAUUAAAAAGAAACUCAUCCGUAAGGCUCUUGAUAUGAUCCGAAAACUGUACGAGGAAGAUCCUGACGAGUCAACCGACAAGGACAAGAAAGAUAUUGAGGAAUCCGGCGACAACGAGAAGAAAGGCCAGUACGCAAGGUUCUGGAAUGAGUUCGGCAAAUCAAUCAAGCUUGGCAUUAUCGAGGAUGCUGCCAACAGGAAUCGCUUGGCCAAGCUUCUUCGAUUCGAAAGUUCGAAGUCGGACGGCAAGCUCACCUCACUCGACCAGUACAUUUCGAGAAUGAAGUCGGGACAGAAGGACAUCUUCUACAUUACCGGAUCAGACAAAGAGCAGCUCGCAAAGUCCCCAUUCCUCGAGAGGCUGAUCAAGAAGGGAUACGAGGUGAUCUACUUCACCGACCCUGUUGACGAGUACCUGAUGCAAUAUCUGAUGGACUACGAGGACAGGAAGUUCCAGAACGUGUCCAAGGAAGGAGUGAAAAUCGCCGACUCCGGUGUCAAAGAACUGAAGGAAGCGUUCAAGGAUCUGACCAAGUGGUGGAAGUCUGCCUUGGCAAGCUGGAACGUCGACGACGUGAAGGUCAGCAACCGUCUGGCGGACACACCCUGCGUGGUGGUAACAAACAAGUACGGGUGGAGCGGCAACAUGGAGAGGAUCAUGCACUCUCAGACGCUGUCUGACGCCAGCAAGCAAGGUUACAUGAGAGGGAAGAGGGUGCUUGAGGUCAAUCCAAGGCACCCAAUCGUUAAAGAGCUUCGCGAGAGAGUCGCCAAGGACCCUGAGGAUGAGGGCAUCAAGGCAACAGCUCAGCUGAUGUACCAGACGGCUCUGGUGGAGAGCGGGUUCAUGGUUAGCGAUCCUAAGGAUUUCGCGUCAAGGAUUUAUGGCUCGGUGAAGACGAGUUUGAGCAUUAGUCCAGAUGCUGCAGUGGAAGAGGAGGAAGAGGUGGAGGAAAGCGAGACCAAGGAGGAAGAAGCUGCUUCUGGUGCCACGAAAGUUGAUGAUUUCGAAAUAGAGGCGUCUGAGGUUAAGGAUGAGUUGUAGGGUGGUUUUUAAGCGGUAGUUCGUGAAACCCUUUUCGAUUCCAGUUUUGGAGAUGGUGUUAUGCCGUUGUGUAAGUGAAGAGGCUUUGGUCUUUCCUCGUUAGUUUUGAGGCUUAGGAAAAGGAGCAAAAUGGACUGUAAUCUUUCAUGGUAGAACUUUGUGGGACAUUCUGAGAUCAUGAUGUAUCACGAACUGGAUUUAACCAUCAUCAUGUCUCGUGUAAGAAGGCUUAAUCCGUCUUCUCAACAAUCGUCUAGCAGCUGCUAACUGUGUUCUACGUAGUUAAAACUUAAAACUGAAUUUGAUGUUUCCAGUCGAAGUCGAACUACUCUUUCAAACAGUUGUGAAUCAUUCGCGGGCUUUAAAAUUUGAGAGUCGUUUAUGGGCUUUCCGAUGCCUGUUUGGAUACCAGAUCAGCG